AUGCCCAGCCCACGAUUCGGCAGGGUCGCUAGUGCUGUUGGGAGGAAUACACGAAAUCCUGGAGAACUCACUAGCUACUUCUACAUAAAGAAUGCUAAUAUUGUCACAUACGACCAUAGGGUGUGGAGAACAGGGCUUCCCGUCCGCUCAGCCGUACUUAAGCCACACGCCGGCCAGUUAGUAGUAUGGUGGGUGACCACAUGCGAAUCCUGGCUGUUGUAUGUAUUUUUGUCUUUAUUUUUUGGUAUCCAGGCAGGCAAUUUCAAAGGAUUCCUGCUUUCAAUUCGUACAAACCUUCAUAGUUUUGAUCUAAUGGAACCCAGAGCGGAAGAGCGACACGACUCUACCAUGUGA